AUGUCUGACCUCGGCGGAAUCCUCGUCGCCCUCAUCACCCCCUUCACUGCCAACGGCACCCAAAUCGAUGCUCCAGCCCUGGAGACACACAUCAACCGCCUCGUCGCCGCUGGCAUCCACGGCCUCGUCCCCGGCGGCAGCACCGGCGAGUUCACAGCCCUGUCGAUCUCCGAGCGCAAGCAACUCACCGAGCUCUGCGUAAAAUACGCCGCUGGCCGUGUCCCCGUUAUCGCAGGCAUCGGCGCCCUCUCCACAGCGGACACCGUCGAUCUGGCCGCCCACGCUGCCUCCGCCGGCGCCGCAGCCCUCAUGGUCGUGCCCCCCUUCUACGACGCCGUCUCGGUGACAGAGCUUCACGAACUGCUCAGCGCCAUCCACAGCGCCUCCAACCUCCCCCUCGUCUACUAUCACAUCCCCUCCGCGUCCGGCACAAACCUCACCCCCGACCAGAUCGCCGACCUCCGCAGCGUCGGCGUCAAAUACCUCAAAGACACAUCGGGCAACGCCCCCGCCCUGACUGACCUUCUCUUCUCCAAACACGAGCACAUCACCGCCUUCAACGGCUGGGACACGCUCACCUUCUACGGGCUGGCCGCCGGCGCAAAGGGCUCCGUCUGGGGCGCCACCAACAUCAUCCCCGAGGCGUCGAGUGCGCUGUGGGAGGCGAUUGCCGUGCAGGGCGAUCUGAAGCGGGGACGGGAGAUUUGGAGUAAGAUCUUCCCUAUCUGCAAGUUCCUGGAGUCGCAUAAUUAUGCGGCGGCUGUGAAGACGGGAAUGGAGUUGAGAGGGUGGCCGACUGGGGGGUUGAGGAAGCCGUUUAAGAUGCUUGGGGAGAAGGAGAGGAAGGAGCUGGCUGGGUUGUUGAGAGAUGCGGGAAUUGAGGUUGUUGCAUAG